UUGCCUGUUGAGAAGCUCGCGCUUUCCGAUACGCGAUAGCCUGUCGCCUAUCUCGCCGCCUUUCGUUCUGGGGGCGUUGCCAUGAGAAUCGCACACGACUGGGCCGCCGAGAUUGUCGGACCGACAUGCAGCAACCGACUGAAAGCUUGCUUUUGGGGAGGUUCCAUAAUGAUCCGGCCGACCCACCCAUGCCCGGGUGGAUCAUUCAUUCGUUUUUGUUUGCCGACGCCGGCCUCGACCGUCCGAAGCCGAGUUGCGGACCGAAGCCGACAUCAAGAGCAUAUCUUCAUUCCCAGUCGUUUUUAUAACCGUCACGGAUUCGCCGUUGUCCGAGCGACUGGUUUGUCCUUGGAUCCCCUUGAUCCAGCGCAGACCAGCUUCUUUCUUUGCACUUCUAUUUCCUUGAAUGGUGUUGGCUCCGGAGUUGUACAGAUGGGAGUGGCAUAUGACGAUUUCUAAUUUAUCUAUCCUUGUGACAUACCAACGAUGGUCGAGAUGUACCGUUUUUCUUCUCUAAUUCCCAUUCUGUUGUCCGUGUUUGAGGUCUUUGUGAGGCGUUUGCAUACCCGGUGGAUAGUCGAGGCCCCGCCGUGGAUUGUACCAGGCAUCAUGGCAGAGCGGGGCUGUGGACUAUCAUUGUAACUAAUGACGUUUCUCCUUUCAUUAUACCUAUAGACCUUGAAUGGAGCAUUGUAUUGCCGUGUGAAUGGACUGAUUACCUUCUAUGUGAUGUACUGUAUGUACGU